UGCCUUCAUUUAUUAUCUACAUAUCUGAUCGCACCUGAGAUAUGAGAUACGAUACACGUUCAAAAUUUUUUACCCGCGCGCAUAUGGCGAUCAUCGUAGAUCGUCGUAAUGAUCCAUGCUCUGUCGACCUCGUAUUUUCACGAUAUCUCCAAACAACCGUAAAAAGUGACUUGAAGGGUGUACUGACAUAUUUAUUCUCUCAAGACUUCAGUUAUCAGAGUCUGCAAAUCUGGAUGAAACCAAGGAAAAGAUGAUUGCCGCCUCAGAACCAGUGGAAUACGUUCCCGGUGGAAGACGUACAAUUUUGAGGCAUCCAGAAUCAGUAGCUAAUCAACAAUUGAACAAUCAAACGGUCGAAGGGGAAAGUAUCUUGCUGCAAAAAUUUAGCCAAGUGAAUAUUUCAGGGAGAUCACCGAAAGAGUUCUGGAUCAUACGCGAAAACAACAUAUGCGGGGAGGAAGAAUUGUAUUGUUCAGGGAAAGUCGCGAUCCACUCGAAGGGUAAUCAGACUACAAGAGUACUGCAAACGACCUACACUUGUGAGACAGAUAUUAAACAUGCGCUAUGGUGCAAGUUUCAUACCAGUAUACCUGAUCAUUUGAAACGUGGGAAACAAGUGGAAGAAGAAACUUGCAAUGAGAAAACGAUAGAAUGUAUUUGUUUAAUUGAUUCUUAUACCCUGAAAGUGUUUGCUGAUACCGGAGAAAACUAUGUAUGCAGCUUACAAUUUCAGGUAUCUGCCGUGUGGUCAACCAAAUAUGGGAUUUUAUUGGAGAAGACUCAAGUUCCCACAUCGGAUACAAGAUACACAUCAAUGGAUGGAAAUAGAUUGCAAUCGCAUAAUUAUACAAAUUUACCAGUGGCAUUUUCUCUUACGCAUCCUUUAGACGAAAUCUGCCCUGUACUUGUGAAACACGGGAACAUAUCGUACAUGUAUGAUUCGUCUCAACAAAUUGUAUUUACGAAUUCUGAACCAUCUCUGGCUGUGAUAUACGAUACAAAGACUGGAUUACAUUCUGUGUACAAAAUUCGUAAAGCUACACUGGAAGAAUGUCAAACCGUUUGCGGAAAUGACACUACCUCCAGUAUAUAUAAUCAAUCAGCGAGCGUAUCGCCAUUGAACAUUGGGAAUACUCUUUCAUAUAACAAAAGUACGAAUAAAGGACAUUUAAGUAUAUUCGGAGUCCCGAAUCCGCAACUAAACCUCGGGUUAGGAUUGUCGCUCAGUCCUUUCGGAUCGCGAACGUCUUAUACUACCUCUUGCUCCGGAGGUGUGUCUCCUUCGCAGCAGCAACAUUCAAGAUCUCAGAGUCCAAUGGCAACUAUCUCACGCUGCCAGUCCCCUACUCAUUCUGCUUUCUCACCUCUACUUGGUAUGCCUGCUGGUUCAAUUUGUCAUCUGACAAAAUUGCACCAAAGGGUAAUGGCCACGACACUGGGUCAUUCGCAGAUCAGCCCCUUUGGAAGCUGUAGCAACAUGCAGCUACAGGGUGUUAUCACACCGAGCAAGCCUUUGUACCCAGAAAUAUGUCUCGAUCAUGUCUGGACCGAGAACGUUGGAAUUCCAAAAGACGUAUCCAGUCGAGCAUCGAAAGUAUUUCUAUCAUCGGAUUUCGUGGGCCAGAAUUAUCUAUGUUACUUGGUUCCAGUUAGAUCGCAACUAUUUUUAGUACGACUCGAGAAGACGAACAAGCAGCAACAAAUCAUUUUCGGCAUGGUGACCAAUAUUGUGGCGAAGGAUGCUGUUAAUAUACCAAAUUUGCAUAUGAUAGCAGUAAUGGAUCUAUCGAACGGAGUCGUAUUAUAUUCCGGUAUUACUUGCGUUGGUAAAUUACAUGUAACAGGAAUACUUCCUAAUUUGACUGGUUGUAAUUAUUUCUUAUCGAACAUGAACCACAAAUUAAGUUCACCGUUUCCACGUCGAAGUUCGUUGAUCUCUCAGAACUGUACUACGCACGAUAUCAAGUUCGAAGAAGGACUACAUCUGUUGAGUCCUGUAGGCGGUAACUGUGCAAGGCCGCCUAUGUUGUUGGAGAAUUCUUUAAUGGAGCCCGAUCAUCUAAUUUUAAAAGAAUCAGUCGGAAACAAUGUUACAUUGGAAUACGGAAAUAAAAAUUAUUUCCGAAUAACAUUGCCAACGUCCAGUACAUCUCCCUUAGUAACCAGGUGUCUGCAAACGUUAAAGAGCGUUUUACAGAAGGAUCUGGCGAUGCAAUUGUUAGUGAAAUGGUACGGAGCAAGAAAUGCUCCUGGGCCUCAAGAUUUCUCGUCGGAGAAAGAGUGGCAUCUCUUUGUCGUAAUUUUAUUUACAUUGCUAGGAUACGAAGUCGAAAAAAUGCCACUGAUCCAAACGAACGACAAGGAUCAACUUGGUGAACGUAGCAGUCCCAUGGUGGUGCCAAAGAAACAAAAAACGAAUAAUUCUGGAUCGAACGAUGAUUGGAAGAACAUGAUUAAUUCGCUGAAAAGUGGAAACUCGAAGAUUUUUAUUCCGAAUACACCCAGUCUUCAAAAGAUGUCUGAUGCGCUUCGAUCAUCGACAUCAUGGUCCACGGAACCGAACGCUGCAGGAAAAAUAAACACGCAGGCGAUCAUGUUUCCAUGCUUCCCGAUCGUUCUAUUUUCUUUACAUCUCUUGUACGAGGAAUUGAAACUGAACUGCGUAAUGUUGGAAAGUUUGCCGUUCCUCGCGCAAUUGUUGUACCAAUUGAGCUUAGAUUUAAGACUCGACCUAUACGCCCAUCAUUAUUUCCUCGAUUUUCCGUCUGUCCACUGUUUAAAGGACAGUGUGUCGCAAAUUAAGGAGGCGGACUUGCAAAAAAUCUCUAUGCCGAAUUACAUACCAUCGAAACCGCCAAAUAUAUUUGAGACGUUAAAUGAUUUGUUAAAUGGGAUGGAAGUAAUACCGUUCCCGUACUUGAAUCAAGUCAAUCCAAAGACGAGAAAUAUAAUUUACUUGAUAGCUCUCGUAGCGAACGAAAAUAAAGUUAACGUGAUAGAAAUUGAUAAAUUCGUCAAGCUUAUAAUACCGGCUGGCAGCCGAAUAGAUUUUCAAGAAGCUGGAAGCAGACCCGAGAAAGAAAUACAAAAGAGAGUCGAGUGUUGCACGAUAGAUAGAACAGUAUUACUAUAUCACGAAUUAGGUAUGACAAAAAAGGAUCUUGAUACAUUGUUGCCCGGUGUAUCGUUACUGCUGAAGGAUGUUAUGUACAGAUGUAGAGAACGCCCGCCAUCAAACUGGCCAAUGCAAGUUUACGAGCUAGUAGAUCGACAAGAUUUGUCUGCGUUAGACAAACACUUGAGGCCAUCUUCGCCAAGCGAUUUGGAGAACGAAGGAAAAAACUAUCCGAUUUUAAACAAAGAUCCUGAACAAGAUGAUGGCAUGGAGUUUGACGAUUCCGUGUUGAAAUUGAGAUUCAAUAAAGAUCACAGGAUAGCGGAAGUUCGAAAGCUCCUAAAUUCAUCGAAACCGGUAAAAAUAGCUAUAGUUCAGAGGCCAGAUAUAAGCGAUCACGAGUUCAUAGAGGAACAGGAGAAACAUUUGCAUGCUCUGUGCACAAGAACGAUGGCACUUUCAGUAGCUAGAGGCAUGUUUACGUUGAGAACCUCUACCCCCAUUAUCACCGAGCAAUUACCGAUUCCUCGACUCUGUUUAACUGGAAAAGCACCUCCGCGUGGGACGACUGUGGAACUGGCCCACAUAGACGUCCCAUCAAACAUGAACUUGUGGCCUCUGUUUCAUAAUGGCGUGGCUGCCGGGCUCUGCAUUCAUCCAGACGCGUCUAAUAUCGAUUCAACGUGGAUAGUUUACAACAAACAGCAACAGGGCGAACUUGGUAUCGAACACUCGGGUUUCUUAAUGGCACUCGGUUUAAACGGCCACCUGAAGAACUUGGCACCGUUCAGCAUGUACGAAUACUUAGUCGAGUGCCACGAAGCCACCAGCGUCGGACUUUUGUUGGGUUUAUCCGCGACCCACCGCAGUACAAUGAACGUCUCUAUGACUAAGUUAUUAUCUCUUCACGUGGAAUCUUUAUUACCACCGACGAGCAUCGAAUUGAAUGUUCAGCAAAACGUCCAGGUCGCCGCGUUGAUGGGGGUCGGCUUGGUGUAUCAAGCAACUGCCCAUAGGCACAUUUCCCAUGCUCUACUAUCAGAAAUCGGCAGACCACCUGGGCCGGAAAUGAAGAAUUGCGUGGAUCGCGAAUCCUAUUCUUUGGCGGCAGGUCUCGCAUUGGGUUUAGUGGUGCUGGGAUGCGGCGGUGGACCAGACUUGGGCAAUAUACCGGAUACUUUACAUUAUUACAUGGUUGGAGGCCACAUCAGACCUCUUACCGGGGCGCAAAAGGAUAAAUAUAAAUCGCCUAGUUAUCAAAUAAGGGAGGGUGAUUCCAUAAACAUUGACGUGACGAGUCCUGGGGCAACUAUAGCUCUGGGUUUAAUGUAUUUUAAUACAGGAAACCGAGCAGUCGCGGAAUGGAUGCAAGCUCCCGAUACUCAGUACUUGUUGGAUUUUGUACGACCCGAUUUCCUACUGCUAAGAAUAUUAGCAAAAUCACUUAUUCUUUGGGAUGAAAUUGAACCGACAAAAUCGUGGGUCUCCAGUCACGUUCCUAACAUCGUGUACAAGUACAGACUUCAGAAACCGACUUCCGAAAUGGCACAGAACGUGGAUUUGGAAACCAUGAACCAGGCUUAUUGUAACAUAAUCGCGGGUGCGUGUAUGGCUCUGGGCUUAAAAUUCGCCGGAACUGCCAAUAGGAAUGCUUUCAAAACGUUGUACAAUUAUGCCCAGAUGUUUACAGCAUUGUCGCACAAGACCAUCGCCGAGCUGGCAGGAAAAUCAACUAUCGAAACUUGUCUAAACGUUACUUUACUCGCAGCUGCUGUCGUUAUGGCAGGAACUGGAAAUUUGGAGAUCAUGCGAAUAUGUCGGCACAUAAGAACGCGCGUUGGUCCUGCGAGCAGCGUGGUCACGUAUGGGUCUCAUUUGGCAACGCACAUGGCCCUUGGCCUUCUUUUCCUUGGAGGAGGGAAAUAUACUCUUUCCAACAGCGCCAGCGCAGUAGCUGCCCUCGUAAUAUCUCUCUUCCCGAAAUUCCCAACGCACAGCAACGAUAACAGAUAUCAUUUGCAAGCACUGCGGCAUUUAUACGUACUGGCUGCCGAGCCACGCGUGAUUUUACCUAGAGAUAUCGAUAGCCAUCAGUACUGCUACGCGACGGUACACUUGACGUUCGAAUCUGAGAAGGAUGCGGACGGACAAGAUUUGGUACUUGAAGCACCGUGUUUACUCCCGCAACUGUGUAAUAUUAAAAAAAUAGAAUUGAAGGACGACCGAUAUUGGGAGAUUGUUUUCGAGAAAGGACAUAAUUGGCAGCAUCUUGAAAAUAUGCUUAAAAAAUGUGAAACGUUGGCCGUCAAACAGAGAGCUGGCUGUUUGCCCUAUAUAGAAGAUCCUCAUGGUUUUAGAAGUUUGAUCGCUCAAACGUUGACGACGGAAAAUGUUAUGGCAUGGGCUGCGCGCCCCGAGAGCGUGACUUUAUUCACGAAUAACAAAACUAUACUAAAUAUAGUAAAGUACUUUUUGCAGUGGCCUAAAACCGACAAAGAUAAAGACCAAGUUAACUUGAAAGCACAUUCGAGCGGGAAUUCAUGCAAAAAUAGUUCUGGCUAUGUGUCUCAGAGUUUAAGCGAUUCAUCCGAGAAGACGAGCGGUAGCUGGAACGAACAGUCAGAUUGUUCCAGCGAAAAGAUGGAAAUCGCAGAAUCGUCGUUCGUCUCGAAGGACACGAAUCCCUUGUCAAAGAUCGACGGACGAUAUUUCGAAAUGACAGAAUCCGAGAGACAGUUCCUACACACGUUCGCUAUAAUUGUUUAUGAGUGCGUGAUAAAAGACAAAGUCAGCCUGCUUCCUCUGUGGGUAAAUCUAAUAAAAUGUCUGGAGAUCGUGGAAAAAGAACCGAGCAGUCUCUCGAUAUGGCAAUUAAAAUUGAUUUCGUCCCAAAUGUUGAACAAGUCUUGUAUAGAAAAUAAAAACCCGAUGCUCUGCGCGGAAAGUAUACUCGCAAUCAAACAAAAGAUCUCGUACGUCAUGGAUAACUGGGAACACGAAUUAAUACCGCACAUUAAAUCUUAUUUAACUACUGGAAGUAUUCAAGAGGAUUUGACUCUGUUAAAAAAGAUGUGCACGUAUUUUGUAUUUUACGACAUCCCGCACAGAAUGGAUCAUCAGUCAAUCACGACGUUAUUGCUAAGCUCGGACACCAAAAUACCCAACGUAACUUUGUACAAAUUGUACAAAAUAUUAAAAUGAAAUUAGUUCUGUUGCUUAAGUCCGCACGAAUAAACGAAACGAAUUUUGUCAGAUACUUGAUACACAAUCGUACAGAACAGAAGACAGAUCUGAGAAAACAGAUUGACGUCAACGUUCUAUCGCGUUACAGGCGGGAUACAACUUGCGUAAACCUUUUCCCUUUAUGAUGUAUCGCACAAUAUGUAAAAAAUACAUGUACAAUUGACAUUUAUAAACAGAGUGUACAUUAAUUUAUUAUUUUACAUAUUGUAUAAUAAAUAUUUAAAACGUAGCUUUACAGUCCUUUAGAUAUACAUGGUAUAGAAAAAUAAUAUGCUUUUGUAAUCUUAUAUCACCUUAAUAAAAUUAAAUUGAGAAAGCUCCA